CAUCCGCCUUCUUUCCGUUCUCUAAUUCUCCAUUGCUUUCACUCCAAAUCUUUGUGGAACAUCAAUUACCUUUAACAUUCUCUCUUGAUCUCCCUCUUCUAUAUUAUAUAUACCUACAGCCUCUUCAACCAACACUUUCAUCAGCAUCGGCACCAAUGCGUUCUCUUUAUUUCUUCUGUUAAUGAAGAAAACGAAGAAGACUAUCGGCUUCGGUGCAGCACUGUGACUUUUUUUUCUAGAUCUGACUCUGGAACUCAACAUAGCUUGAGUCAUGGACGAGAUUAAUCGAUGGGCAGACAUUGAUGAAGAUUUGUCGAAAGAAAUUUCAAAACGGUUCCAUGCCUACCAUGAUUACAUCCAACUUCGAUUGAUUUGCAAACAGUGGAGCUUGAAACUUCCGAAGAUUCCCGAUGGAAACAAAAUUCCAUGGUUAUUGUUACCUGACGAAACUGUCAAGAAUCAUUGGUACGAAGACGAGGAGAUUUAUCAUCUCAUGCAAUUAGCUGCUGCAGAUGAUGAAACUCUUGAUACUUGCGCCCUUGAAGAGAAAGAUAUUUACCAUGUCAUGCUGCCAGAGAUGCAGUCGUACACUAAGUUCAUCCGCGGUUCUGCUCAUGGAUGGUUGAUUGUUCAAUCCAUAUCUGAUGGCACUAUGCAAAUGUUAAAUCCAUUUACAAAUCGUAGUUUGGAUCUUCCUCCGGUCUCAACUUUACCUACUAUAAUUGAUUACCAACCUGACAAUCAUGGGAAUGAAUACACACUGUGGGAUUUUCGUGACAUUAGGAGCACCCUGGAUAGAGAUAGGGUGCAUAGAUUCCAAGUUGAAAAGGUUAUUAUAAACUUAUCUCCUGAGCAUGACCUUGAAAAUUUUAUGGCGGUGGUGAUAUUCGGACCUAACCAGAGACUGGCCUUUUACAAGCCUGGCAAUAUGAGAUGGGAAGAAUUUCCAACCAGGGAUAAGUGGUUUGAGGACGUAAUAUUUUUCCAAGAAAAGAUAUAUGCCAUAAACAGUGUUGGGCAGCUGUAUGAAUUUGAUACAAAGACAAGAGCAGGACUUAAGGGAGGGAUCCAUGAAACCAGACCUCCACCUGAAAUUCCCCGAGGCCCUCACACGCCUAAAUAUCUUAUUGGGUGCGCCAAUGGAAGCUUAUUGAUGUUGGUAAGACAUGUUGGCCCUCCCUUGGGGAGAAAAAGCAAGGAAUAUGAAACUUCCAAAUUCGAUAUCUAUGAGUUAAAAAGAAACAGAAAAGAAUGGUCAACAUUAGAUAAUUUAGGUAACUAUAUACUAGUGAUUGGAUUUAAUUCUUCUGUUCAAAUUCCUGCGCCUUUUCUAAGUAAAGGAAAUCAGAUUUGGUUUACAGAUAACCAAAUAGAGUUGAAAUCAUCAUUUUACGAUCCUGUUGCUCAAGAUAUCGGCAUCUUCGACUUGGACCAUGGAAGUUUUCAGAGAGUAUUGUUAGAAGUGAAGUUCUUUUGUUCUCCUGUUUGGUUGUUAUCUAGCUAGUGUAAAACCUGGGCUACCCCGGAUCUAAAUAUUAUUCUAUUAUAAAAUUUAUUAUUACUUAUUAAUUGAUAUUAAUAGUUAUUAAUUUUAAUUUAAAAAAAAUUAUAUAUAAAAAUUUAUUGUAUAAUA